ACAAAACGAUCCCCUCCCCUACGUCUUCAUUCCCCCUGCCCUUCCCCUUCCAUUUCCCGAUCCCGUCACGCCACGUCGCCUGAAAACCACGCCCUGCCCCUCGUCUCAUCGUCUUCGCCCUCGUGCGAUUUCCCCAACCCGACGCCGCGGCGCAGCAGUCCACCGCAAGUCACCUCCUCGCGCGAAGCCUUCUCCCCGCGCACGCCCCUCCCGCAACCCCGGCGACAAUCGCGCUUGCGCCCGGCGAUCGCCGGCGCUCCCCAGGUGUGUACGUGUGGCAUGGCUAGGGUGUUGUCAAUUGGCCCUGGCUUCUGUUUUCAUGAAUGAUGUCCUUCCUUUCGAAGGACACAAAUGCGCAAAGAAGAUUUAAGUGGCCGUGGGGGAGCGAAUCUCCGUUAUCAGCACAACUGCUUGUUGAUAUUCCACCCGAAAUAGAGUUGUCAGACUACCGAAGAUUGCCAAGUUCUGGAAGUGAGAGCCCAUCUGGACUUCUCCAAGGUGAAGGCUUCAAGCAAGAUCCGAUUCCUGACUUGGAUAUUUUCUUUGAAAGGCUAUAUGAAUAUUUCUGCGCAAAAGGGCUUAGGUGUAUCAUAACCAAAUGGAUAAUCGAGAUUCUAAAUGUACUUUUUAUGGUAUGUUGUAUUGGGUUCUUCUUCUUAUUUGUUGAUUGGAAUGCCCUUGGCCAUUUGAAAUGUGGUGUGGAGGCACUUGAAUCCGGGGAGAAACCUUGUGAUCUGAAAAAGGUCAUUAAACAUGAUCCUCUAUUUCCCUUCACAUUACCUAAAAUGAUAACUGUUGGAUCAAUGGUUAUAUUGACAACCUAUGGACUUACCAACUUCGUCAAGUUCUUUGUACAGUUAAGAAGUACACUGAUUGUUCGUCAGUUCUACUAUGACAGCCUUAAGGUCACAGAUCUCGAGAUCCAAACAAUAUCAUGGCCCAGAAUAGUCGAGAAGGUUGUCCUGCUGCAGAAGUCUCAAAAACUUUGUGUUGUUAGGGAUCUCUCAGAGCAUGAUAUUAUCAUGAGAAUAAUGAGGAAAGAAAAUUAUUUGAUUGGGAUGGUCAAUAAAGGCAUUCUUUCUUUUCCUAUUCAUUCUUGGGUACCUGGAGCUGGUCCAACUGUCAGAUCUCAUGCGCAUGACAGGAGAAACUAUCUGAUACUUCCAAAGGCCCUUGAAUGGACCUUAAAUUGGUGCAUCUUCCAAAGUAUGUUUGAUAGUAAUUUUUGUGUGCGGAAAGAGUUUUUGACAAGCCCAGCUGUGUUGAAAAAGCGACUUGUAUUUGUGGGCGUUGCAAUGCUUAUUCUGUCACCCUGCCUUGCGAUCUUUCCAUUGGUGUAUGUCAUUCUAAGACAUGCUGAAGAAAUUUAUAAUCACCCCAGUACAGCCUCAUCUAGACGGUGGUCAAACUUAUCGAGGUGGAUUUUUAGGGAGUACAAUGAGGUCAAUCAUUUCUUCAGACAUAGAAUGAACAACAGUGCUUUGCAUUCUUUGAAUUACUUGAAGCAGUUUCCAACCCCACUGGUUUCUAUCAUGGCAAAAUUUGUAUCUUUUGUUUCUGGUGGCUUGGCUGGUGCCCUAAUAAUCAUUGGAUUUGUGGAUGAAUCCAUUCUCGAGGGACAUAUUUUUGGAAGAAAUCUGUUCUGGUAUACUAUUGUUUUUGGAACAAUAGCAGCUGUUAGUCGAAAAGUAGUGGCUGAUGAACUUCAAGUAAUUGACCCAGAAGGGACCAUGUGCUUCGUUGUCCAGCACACACAUUACAUGCCAAAGCGGUGGCGUGGUAAAGAGAGCAGUGAACUGGUUCGAAGAGAAUUUGAAACACUCUUUCAGUAUACCAUAAUAAUGCUACUAGAAGAGAUGGCCUCCAUUUUCAUCACUCCUUACUUGCUCAUUUUUGAGGUACCAAAGCGUGUUGAUGACAUUCUGCGCUUCAUCUCAGACUUCACAGUUUAUGUAGAUGGAGUGGGAGAUGUAUGCAGUUUAAGCUUGUUUGACUUCAGAAGACAUGGUAAUAGAAACUAUGGAUCACCAUCUGAUGCACUUAAAAGCCUCAGGAGCUCCCAAGGGAAAAUGGAGAAAUCAUUCUUAAGUUUUCAGAGUGUCUAUCCAUCUUGGGGGCCAAAUGCUGAUGGCAAAAAAUUGUUAUCUAACCUCCAGAAGUUCAAGGAAAGGCAAAUACGUCAAGAAGCUCUUGCACACUAUCGAGCAUUGGAAGCAUCAGGCUUUGUUGCAAGCACUAGAGGUCAAAGGGAUGAUACCUUCCAGCAAUUACUCUCAAGCGAUAUCCAUAACCAUGCUGAGGCCAUCCCACCUGCUGUUUAUAACUUGGAUCCCUUGGGAUUGCUUGACACAGAUCAAAGAACCCAUCCAUAUAUUCUGGAUUGGUAUUAUAUGUGUCAUCCACCACACUCAGCUAGAGCUGAGGCACCCGAACUCGAGCAAGCAUUCCCUGAGACUGGUGUGAACACAAGUCCACCAGCAAGGGAAACAUCUGAGUUGUACGAAAGAGUUCAAAGUCAUUUGGGGGCAUCAACAUCAAGCGCUUUGUUCCAGAAUGCUCCUGUAAAGCAUCACGAUACGGAAGAAAAUACUAAUAACCAUUGGUGGGCUCAUGCCCCUGCAUAUUCUACUGGUCCGCAAGGCAGUUUCCUGGAGCCUCCAGAAUUUGGAAAUCAGUACGUGACAGGCACUCAUUCCGGUCAUCACAGUGGCAGUCUAUCAGAGGGAAGCGUGGAUGAGCUAGAGCAUAGCAAUAGCAGAAGCAUCAGCGGCUGGAGAAGCCCCCCAGCCUUGUCCAAGACAAGGUCUAUGGACGACUCUGACAUUGAGGAAGGGCUGAGCCUUCAUUUCGCCGAUGUCCAUCAGAAGGAUGAAGAUGACAGACAUGGUGUAGCUGAUCAUCAUGACCCCACGCCAGCUGGCCUUCCAGUAAGAAUAAUACCUAGAAGCAGUGACCCUGUGUAGACUUUAUAACUCGCUGGAUUAGUUGAUACUCGUGCACAGUUGUAAUCCGUUGUGUGAACCACAUCCGAAACAAAGGGCACGUCUCGCUCAUAAACUGGCAAAACAGCCGCAUAUUCUUUGAGAACUCCAUGAAUGCCAUCAAAAAAAGUUCCAAUUCUCUAUAUGCCAUUAAA